UCCUGCCCUCUCCCACCCCCACCUUUCCUAUCCUCCAAAAUUGGAUGGGGGUUGCUUCAUCUCCCUGUUGCUAUAGUAAUAAGGAACACUGCCCCUAGUUUAUUAUUUAUUUUUUAUAUGGCACAUCUGUUGCCAGGGAUUUACGACGUGUCCAUCUGUUUGUUGACAUUUAUUUCUACUAUUACAGUAUCCCAAACAUCGGGUCUCCUCCUAUCUCACUCCGUAUAUGUAAAGUCAGACAGUUAGACUCCUCCUCAUUGCGUUCUACAUGCAUCAUUUGUGUAACCUGUUUUACAUUAAAACCACACAAUGACACAUUGAACACACAGGUUUGGGUUCUGGGUUUCUCAUUAUUGUGGUGGAAGUCCACCAACAGAGAGAUACACAGGAAAUAUGAGAUUAUGAAUCAAGAUUAUAUUACAGUACAUGCAUUUGUUUUCUCAAAUGACAAUGACAGUUGAUAAGUAACAUAAUGCUUUGGCUACAGUUAGAUUGCAUUACAAAAAUAUGAACAAAAUGACAAAAUAGAUUUAAGAUUCAAGUGUUCAGGCCAUUCCAGUGUGUGAACAUGCUGUUGCAGCUCUUUCAUUGUGUGGAUGACAUGAUCUGAACCUUCUUCUCUUGCUGCAGUGAAAUCAUUGCCUGUUUUGUGAAGGGUAUUGCUUUACAGCUCCUUCGCGCUGCACGCCAGUGGUGGGAUGGGAGACAGCUACUGUGUGGAGGAGAGAACCAGGCCUGCGCUGGGGCAUGUUGCCAGGUGUUCAGUAGCCCUGAGGAAGGGUAGAGAAGAGAGUCAGGUUCCCUCACUCUCACAGAGAGCGGAGGAAUAUCAAGACGUGAUCCGAUCAACAACAACACUCUUGUUUUACGAUUCAAGCUGUCUGAAAAUCACAACCAGCCAGACGUUGACUGAGGCUGUUUUAGGAGAGACUGUCCUCCUGCCCUGCCACUUCUCUCCCCCCACCCUCCACCCUUCCCUCGAGCUCAUCUGGACAAGACGGACUCCCCAGGUGCAGCACAAUGUCUUCCACCUGAAGGGAAGCCAGCCGUUGUUAAAGACCCAGGACCAGGGUUACCGCGGCCGGGUGUCGAUGAACCAGGGCAGGCUGGGAGAGGGCGAUGCCAGCCUCCUGCUCGACAACACCACCCUCUGGGAUGAAGGGGACUACGAGUGCUUCCUCUUCUCGGGCUCAGACUAUGCUGACGUUAACAUUCAGCUCCAACUCACUGCCCCAUACUCCCAGCCUACCAUAGCGUGUGAGCCCCGGCCCAGGGAAGCUCAUCGACGUGACGGCACGCUCAUGCGGUGCCAGAGCACCGGGGGUUACCCUGAAGCUGAGAUGAGCUGGGUCCUCCACGACCAGAUGGUUGUCAACAGCAGCGAGGUUCGGAACCUGUCCCGGGACAGCCGGGGCAGAUUCAGCCUCCAGAUUAGCGCCGUCUGGUUCCCUGGAGAUCUCGAGGAACCUGGAGAACGGAGCAGUAACUGGGUCACCUGCUCAGUCUACAACCCCAGAGGGAACCAGACUGUGAGCAGCACAGCUACUUGUGAUAUCAGCCCCACACACCCAGGACAUAUUACGAGUCCCAAACAUGAGAGGAGUCGACUUGGAGUCCUGGCAGCUGCUCUGAUAUGGGCUGCUUCAGUGUGUCUCUGCCUGCUGAAUGGGGCCUGGAGGUCCUGUCACUAGAAUAGCUAUGUGCAUGUGUGUUGGUGCUUCUGUUUGUGUCCUCAUUAGAAACUAAAACCCAAAACUAGGUGCGAAGACUGUAUAUUUUACAAUGUUACAUUAGAUAAUGUUGUUGUUGUUGUUGUUUCGUUCUUAGAACAGAAAAUAAAAACAUUGUGUUACUCAUCCCCUGAAAUGAACGUUGUAGCCAACCAAUGAUUCUAAGAAUUUACUGUCCUUCUUUCUGACAAACAGCAUCAUGUUUCCAAUAGCCGAGAGCUAUUGAAAACAUAGCUGAGGUAGGAAGAUAUAUUGGAAACAAGUCAGAAAUGAAAAAUACAUAACAGAACGAUAUUGGGAACACAUUACUGUGUCUUGUGGCAUUUUGCUUUAUUAAAAACCUGCCUUUGAUCCCAUAUGAUCACAUAGUGAGAUAGCAUAUCCAUCUGAGGUUUUGAUAUCCGCUGGAACAUUACUGGUAGCCUACAUUCCUUUUCACCACAUUACUUUUUCAGUGUCUGAAAAA